UCGCAAAUUAAUCAUUUAGCACGCCUUAUUAGUGCAUAUUAUUAUAUUAGUGAUUAGAGCGGCCACACCUUCCUUUUUGCGUGCAGUAUGGGGUUCUUAUACCACUCAGUAUUUCAAGUAAUUUACCGCUGUUUAGUGCUUGAGGCCCUAAGUGUUUAAAUAAAUCUGACCAUACAUACUCCAUGAGCCCUGGGCUAGUGUGAUUACAAACGAUCCGCACCCCAGACAAGUUAGCAUUCUCAGGGCAAAAAUAAUAGAGCCACACCAAGGUCGAUGCCCAAACGAGCCGAGACCACCUAUAUUUCCAACAUUGGAUCGUUUACUCUGAAGCCCCAUUCACAUGGGAGUGAUUGGACGCUCUCUUGAGCUUCCUCAACAGGGAGAGCCUGGUGCCGCCACUAUCUCUGUCUCUCCUGCUGUGACUGCCUGGAGCCAAUCAGUCUGCCAUGUCCUCUGUAAAACUGGUCCAACAGGUAUUUGUUCUCACUGGUCAGUUCUCACUCAGUACACUCCACCAUGACUGGCUGGCAGACCAAAAGGAGGAGCUAGUGUUUAGCAUUAUUUGUCACUUUCUCUUAGCUCUCAGUCAGAGCAGUGCUCAGAGUAACAGGAAGAAAAUAUGCCUCUCUUGCUUCCAGUCCUCCUUGCCUUGCUAAUCUCCAUCCUCAGUGGCCUUUAUUUCUUGGGAGCUUUACGUAAAAGACGACCCGGAGAGCCUCCCCUGGACAAGGGCCCCAUACCAUGGCUGGGCCAUGUGCUGGACUUCCGAAGGGACACAGCCAAGUUCCUGCAGAAGAUGCAAGAGAAGCAUGGGAGCAUUUUCACUGUGCAGUUAGCAGGUCACUACUUCACCUUCCUCAUGGACCCCUUUUCUUUUGGCACUGUAGUGAAAGAGGCCAGAGCCAAGCUUGACUUUAACAAGUUUGCUGUACAGCUGAUAGAAAAGGUCUUUGGCUACCACACAACGGAAAAUUACCGCAAGUUCCUGCAAACCUCCAGUAACAAGCACCUGAUGGGCGACGGCUUGGUGGUUAUGACCCAGGCCAUGAUGGAGAACUUGCAGAGGCUGAUGCUGCAUAGCAUUGGCUCGAGGAAAGAGCAAAAAGCAUGGAGCCAGGAUGGACUGUUCAACUAUAGCUACAACAUUGUCUUCAGGGCUGGCUACCUUGCACUUUACGGCAACGAGACUGCCAAGGAAGCUGGCAGUUUGGAGAAAGCUAAAGAGCAAGACCGUAUCCAAUCUGAGGAACUGUUCCAAGAGUUCCGCAAGUACGAUAGACUCUUCCCCCGGCUGGCAUAUGGAGUGCUGCCGCCAAAGGAAAAGAUGGAAGCAGAGAGGUUGAAGAGGUUGUUUUGGAACAGGCUCUCUGUGCAGAAGGGGGCUAACAAAGAUAACAUCAGCAGCUGGGUGUUGGAUCAGCAGCGGGUGAGAGCUGAUAAUGGAAUGAAGGAAUCCAUGCUGGACAGAUACAUGUUUGUGCUGCUCUGGGCUUCCCAGGGCAACACUGGUCCGUCUGCAUUCUGGCUGCUACUGUUCCUCAUGAAGCAUUCUGAAGCCAUGAAGGCAGUCCAGGGGGAAGUGGACCAGCUCUUGAGGGAAACCGGCCAAAUGGUCACAUCUGGGGCCCCACUACUUAAUCUCACUAGAGACAUGCUUCUCAAGACCCCCAUUUUAGACAGUGCAGUGGAGGAAACCCUUCGCUUAACUGCUGCCCCAGUUCUCACCAGGGCUGUCAUGCAGGACAUGAAACUCAGGAUGGCAGAUGAGCGUGAGUACAGCAUACGAGAGGGGGACAGAGUGGCGCUGUUCCCAUACACUGCAGUGCAGAUGGACCCGGACGUGCAUCCAGACCCAGACAAAUUUAAAUAUGACCGAUUCCUGACCAAAAAGACUGACUUUUACAAAGAUGGUAAGAAGCUGAAAUAUUAUAACAUGCCUUGGGGUGCUGGAGUCACUAUGUGCCCGGGACGCUUCUUUGCUACAAAUGAGCUCAAACAGUUUGUCUUCCUCAUGCUGACAUACUUUGAGUUUGAGCUGGAAAACCCAGAUGAGGAAAUCCCCUCCAUUGAUGUCACACGCUGGGGUUUUGGAUCUAUGCAACCAGUCAGAGACGUCCAGUUUAAAUACCGUCUACGAUUCUAAUUAAUUGAAAUAAUUCAGGUGAAAAAAUAACAAAAUAUAUAGUCUAUAAAGAAUGGUUUACCAAUGAUCCUAAGUGAAAUGAACUGUUCAAUGUGAGUUCAUUUAAGAAUGUUUUAAUUAUGUGAUUUGUUCCUGCUUGUUCCUUUAUGUUUGGUAUUCUAUCUAACAUGGUAUGGAUUUCUGAUGACUGCUAUUGCAACAGCUGCCUGUAUGUUUAAUAAAACCUGGACUAAGCAGCGUUUUCAAUAUCAAACCCCCUGUGUCUCUCUUGUCUCUCAGUGUGAACACCCCUGUUACUCUGCAGUUUAACUGUUUUUACAGUGAUAUUUGUGUCUAAUACGUUCUUUUCCAGUAAGCAUGAAACACAAGGGAGCAUUUACAAGUUGAAGCUUUGUUGUAUACAGUAUUAUUAGUAUUAUUAGUAUCUAUGUACAGAAAUAAGAACAUUCAACAUUAAAAGAAAGUGACUACUAUGUUUAA